ACUAUUGAUUCGCGCGUUUUAAACGCGUACGCGUCGGCUCGACGUUAUCGUUGACAAGAAAUAAUAAUAAAUUAUAAAUAUCGUUUUGACUUUACCCACUUAGAUUGUUGACGAGUUCGUUUCUCGUGUAAACAACGCGCCGGGAAAAUCCGAAUUAUGAGCUUUCUAGCUGCCGUAUUAGCCUCUGCAGGUACGUUGUGUUUCACAGCACACACAUAAACGAUUUUUAUUAUACAAAUUUGUUUUGGUAAACCGUCCAUAGUAUGGUAAAUCAUUACUGAUUAUGUUGUUGUUUGAAGGCGAGGUAGAGAUGACUGACUUGGACAAGAACGUGUCCGAACUCAAACACAAGAUAACCAACCUCGAGUACGACAUCAAGGAAGCGAUGGAACAACGGUAUAUGAAGUUCGUUGUUGUCUCCAGAGAUGCUUCGUCGCUGUUAGAAACCGCCAAGUCUUAUUCAAAUCAAAUCAACAACUUAAUUUCCAGAAUCGACAAUCAGGUAAUUAUAUUUAAUAAUAAUAACAUUUACUAAAUAAUUACCUUUUACUUAUUAUCAUAUAAGUUAUCUUAUACAUUGAACCUAAUAGAUUUACUUGACUUUGUAGGUACUGUAUUCAUUUUUAAAUUUAAAAUUGAUUAGAGAUUUAUUUUGUUGAAUAUUUAAGAUUUAGUUAUUAUAAAUCACCUUUUACUGUUGUACAGAUUCUGUCAUUAAAUAUUUCCUGAUGUUUUUUUAAUGCUUACUAUUAUUAAUUUUUUUUCAGACUAAACGAGAAGUGGUAGACGCAUUGUCUGACCUGAAAAUGUUCAAGACCACUCUAGAAGAAAACAAAUACAGUUUGAAUGUUAUUGAACAAAUUCUCACGGCAAGCAUAAACCUUUCAAAUGAUAAUCAAACAAAAUUAUCCUUAUCCGAUAGAAUAGAAAAAAUGCAAACUGUUGAAGAAAUUCUAACAAACAAUGAAAAUUUAUCAAAUCUGGAUGUGUAUAAACAUUUACUGCGAGAACACCAAAGACUAACAGAUGUUUUACAUUCUAACUGUUUAGCGACCUGGAGAAAUCAAAUAGAAUGGUUGGAAAAUGAUGUGGAUGGUCAGAACUCCUCGUGGAAAACAAUGUUGAAAAUUUCAGGCAGCCAGAAAGAUAUUUACGAUAGUUUCUUUGCCUUAAAAUAUUUCGAUACUAUAAAUGUUGAAAUCGAACGAUUUGCUGAUAAACUAAUAAAUUCUAUAUUGAAACCAAUUAUUAUUGAAAACUCUCAAAUUGACAUAACAAAAACUAUUAAUGUCUCGACUCUUACUCUGAAAAUUUCCAAACACGAAGAUGAUUUUCUAUCAACAACAAUAAAAUCACUAACGGAUGUAUUUACAUUUUUGAAUUUGACUCUUCCUGUUGAAAACGAAACACAAGUAAUGUCUUAUCUGGGAUCUUAUGCUAGUCAUGCAUUUUGUAACACUUUCAAAGAUGUAGCAUUAUUUAAUGCCGUACCUAUUAAGUUUAAUGAACUAAAACAUGAUUUUCAAAAAAACAUUGAUAAAGUUCUUGAAUUUAACUCAUAUUUAACCGAAAUAGGUAAUUGAAUAUUAUUUAUUUUUCUAUAAAUAUUAAAAUGUUUGUAUAUAUUUAUGUAUUUAUUUGAUUAUAUAGGAUUUUUCGAAGAGUCAAAUGACGAAUUGGUCAAGUAUUUAGAAAAUAUUGAUAAUUUAUUUUUCAUGAAAAUUAGUCGAUUAUAUUAUGACCAAGCAAGAACAAUUAUAAAGAAAGAUCUACAUGAUUUGGUUGAAGUAAAUAAUGUGAGUUACUUUUUUUUUUUUUGGUUUCAUGUUAUACAGGGUGAUUCAUCAAAUACGUUCACUCCAUUUUUACAUGGUUAAAUUAUAUAUAUAUAUAUUCAAAUUCUGAUUUUGAAAUUUUUAAUUUUAGUUUAACCAAAAUUUAACCAUGAAAAUGGAGUGAGGAUGCUUACCAUGUACAUAAGAUGUGAAUCUCCCUGUAUAUAAAAUGGUUUAUUUUAUUAUAUAUCUAUAGUACACGUAUUUAUUUUUCUGUUUUCAUAGGAAAAUAAAUGGGACAGUGAUGAUAACAUUAAAGAUGAUAAUGGGUUUUGUCAAAAUUUUUUUUCUUAUCCACAAAGUAAAGUGAGGUACCUAAAUUUUAAUUUAAUAGUUAUUUUAUUAAUAGGCAUUUAAAUUUUUUAUAUUAUGUUUAGGAAUCUUUCUUGGUAUUACCAAAGAUUAAAUAUAAAAAAAAAAUUGCUCUAUAUUUCUGGAAUUGUGAUUUUUUUAUUUUCAUAAUCUAGUAUAUAUUUAUUAUUAAACAAUGUACAUUUACUAUUACCAAAAUAGGAAUAGUUAAUCUAUUACUUUUGGUAGCUCGAGUAAUUAAUUAAUAAUAAUAAAAAAAAAAAAAAGGGCGUUAUAUACGAGUAUAUAGUUAUAUACUUGUAGGUGGUAGGUAUGUGAAUUGAUGUAAUAUUUGACCUAGUGUAACUUACAUAUUAUACAUGCUUAGAAAUUAAAUUGAAAAGUAAAUAGCAAUAGAAAAUUUCAAUAAAAAUAUUUUCUCGUAUAUAUAUCAACUAGUUGUCUCACAUUGCUUUGCUCAUGUCAGUAUUAAAAGAAAUAUAUAAAAAUAUGUUUCCCCAUGAUUCUAUUUCCAUUAACUACUUAGAGGCUGAAUUAUGGGAUGAAAAGUAUUUUAUGUGUUAAUCUAGAGUAUAUUCUAUCUGUGUACUAAAUUUCAUCGAAAACUCUUUUGGUAUGAAAGGGGUUAUAAACAUCUAAAUAAAACUUUGCAUUUAUAGUAUAAAUGAGAUGAGAUAAUAACUUUCAAAAUUGAAGAGUAAAUGAUACCGUACGUUUAAACAUGGGGUGCUUUUAAUGUAUUGGCAGAGCUCCUCUUUUACAUUAAUUUGCGAUAGCUCCCUUUACACAUUAAUUAAAAAUUGCUGGUAGAAAAGUUGUCCACAGAAAAAAAAAUAUUGUAAAACCACAAGCUUUUUCGCUUCACUCAGAAUUUAAUAUAAACUAAUGCUAAUAUUUAACUAACAGAACAGAAUGUACUUAUUAAUAAUUAUUUUUAAUUUCAAAUUACAAUUUAACCGGAUGGUAUUAUUGUCAUUAUUUUCAGUAAGUCACUACUAGAACUUCUGGAUCUUAUUGAAACAAUAGCUUCUGAAAUGUCUAGUGUACCAGAAAGUAAUGCUUGGCGAUACCAUGAUAUUUUAAACAACAUAACAAUUAUGUAUUGUGAUAUAGUACCAUUUCAGCGUUGCAAAGCUCUAGAAUUUCAUCCUCAGCGAUCUGGUAUGAUAUUAUAUUAUAUUCUUUUUAAUGAGGAAAACAUUUGGUGAUAAUAUAAUUACAAUAUUUUUUUUGGGAUUUUAGCUGUUCUUUACAAUAACAUUAUGUAUUUUACAAGACAAUUGGCUGAAAUGAGUCCUAUAUAUAAGAAUUUACUCAUUGUGCAUUUACUUGAAAAGUUAAAAAAUUUAGCUAGUGAAAUACUUCAUUCUCAGUGCAAACAACAAAUUACACAAAUCGAAAAUAUUGUUAAUCAAUCUGGUAAGGCAUUUUAAAUUGGCCACUGUAUAUAAUGAUUUUAAAAAAGUAGUGCAUUAUUUUAUAUAUUUAUGUGUGUUGUUUUAAUUAAAAAAAUGAAUUAACUUACUUAUAUUUAUUUACAUUUUAGAUAUUAUCUCAAUGGCUGUAAAUUCAAAUUUAGGAUACUCUUUUGAGAAAAGUAUUUCACAAUGUUAUAAUAUUUUAUCAAUUUUAAGUACUUUAUGGAAAGAUAUUUUGCCAUCUUCUAUAUAUUGUAAAUUUAUAGGUAAAAUUAUUUGGACUUUUUUUUAUGAAUGAUUACCAGCCCCAGAUCUAAAAAUUAUGACACCCAGGGCAAAAUAUGAUAUUAGCUUCUACAAAGUGUGCUAUAAUGUUUAUCAUUGUGCUAAUAACCCUGUAAAUGUUGAUUUUUUUUCUAUCAGGUUUUGUGCGAGGAAGACAUAUAGAGAAAAAUUAAACUUUUUUCUUCCCUUGAUCGCUGAAUAAAUUAACUUUUUAUUCUAUCACUUUUUAAAAUGUUUAGAAUAACCAUUGUAUAAAAUAUAUUAUUCUAAAACUUUUAAUGUAUCAUACAUUCUUAUCCGAUUAAUGGUUUCUUAGUUAAAGUGGCUUUGGUGUGGUGAUUUCUAAUCUCUUGGACAUUACAGACCACUUGGAGAACUUUAAAUAAGUCUCGGACAACCACAAUUUGCUAAUAAUAACCUUUACUUUUACUUAUUAUGGUUUUCUUCUACUUCACUUUGUACUUUUUUUUUGUAUUCAACAGGUAAUAAUAAUACAAGUCAUUAAAUACUAUCAAUUUAUUAAUAAACUUUGAUAACCACUAUUGAUUCACGUUAAAUACGUUUUUCAAUUUUGUAUCCUAUGUAGGUUAUGGCCUCGUAGAUCGCUUGUAUUUUUCUGGCCACAAGUUGAGAACCACUGCUUUCAAUGUAUAGAAAAUAGAUGUGAAAACAAUUCAUGUUCAAUAGACGGUAAGAAAUUACCUUGCUGAUUGUGAUUUUUCAUCAGUAACAUCUUAUUCUAUUGAAAAUUGUUUUCAUGCCAAUUUUCUAGAAAUUAAAAUAAUGGAUAUUACUAAGAAAUUGCUGAUCGGAUACGAAUAUAUGUUACAUUAAAAUUUUUUAGAUUAAUAUCUUAACAAUUGUAUAUUUUGAACAUUUUGAAAAGUAUUAAAAUAAAGUUAUUUUUUUUUUAAUAAUUAAGGAAUGAAAUUAAAAAAUUAAAUUUUUUCUACAUGUGUCCCCCUUUCAGAAAACUUAAUUGAAAAAAAAAUGAAUAUUGACAGAAUUAUUAGCAUAAGGAUAACACUAUAGUACACACUGUAUAAUUACCAAUCAAAAAUCUACCUUUUUUUAAGCACUUAGGUAUAAUUUACUCCUAUAUGAAUAACAUUCAGGGAAAUCCAGGGAAAGUGCAUCAUAUUACCCCCCCUCCCCCCUAGAUCUGGUGCUGAUGACUACUAUAAAAAUAAAUGUCUGUACACCAAUUUAAUUAUUAUAAUAUUUGUUUAGGAUAUUCGUGUAAUGGAUUAUUUGAAUGUAUUGUUAGUAAAAUAUUCACCCUUGAAGACAUAUCAGCUACUUCAGCUGAGCAAUAUUCAUCAAUUUUCAACAAAAUAGUCAAAGAUAUUCCAACCUUAUUUCCGGUAGUUUGAAUAGCAGAAGCAUUGUUUAAAAUUUAAACAUAUUUGUUCAUUUUGUAUGAUUAAUUUCAGGAACCGAAAGAAGUUCAUAGGUACAUUUCGAAAUGGUGGCAGAUAAACGAACUAAUAUACAUAUUGAGUUCGAGCAUGAAAGAUAUUGAAAAUCGCUGGGCUGACGGAAAAGGCCCAUUGGCCAACGAGUUAAAAGUCGAACAAAUAAAAUGUUUGUUAAAAGCUCUAUUCCAAAAUACUGAUCGAAGAGCAGCUUUACUCAAACACAUUUCAGUUACUGCACAAUCAUAGUGAAUGUUGUGUAUGUUUAUACUAUAAUAUG